AUGCCUCCCGCCAAGAAGAGAAAGACCGAGCCCGAGGAGAAGGCGGAAAUGACCCAACAAGAAAACGACAUGGCCGAUUCCACGACAGAACAGAGCGUGACCGAUUCCAAGGAGGAACCAUCGGUCACUGAGGCAGCGCCCGCAACAAUGUCAUCUACAUCACCGAUUUCAUCUGCUCCCGAAAACACACAACCAGAAACUUCGGCAGUAGCUCAGUCCUCAGCAACACCAUCCACAUCUACCUCUGCUACAGACUCUGCGGCCGCCAAAGCUCGCGAGCGUGCUGAGCGUUUCCGCGCCCUCCAAGCCCGCGCCAAGUCAUCCUCGCAGCAAAAUCUCAAAGAAGCCACCAAGGAAUCCCAACGCCUCCAGAGCGACCCUAGCCAGCUCACUGCCCUCGGCCGUCGCCACGCAAUCGCUUCUCACAAGCUUCUGAAAGCCGACAUUGAAGAUGCCGGUGGUGACUUCGAGCGCAAGCGAGCAUGGGACUGGACUGUCGAGGAAUCUGAGCGGUGGGACAAGCGCAUGAAAAAGAAGGAGGCACACCGUGAUGACACUGCCUUCCGCGACUACAACCAACAAGCCGAAAAGUCAUACAAACGGCAACUCCGUAACAUGGGAGGACCCGAUCUGGAGAAGUACACGCGCGAGAAGCUGGCUGCGAUCGAGAAGGCCGCGGCGGCUGGCACACUGGAGAUCGUCGAGACGGAGGAUGGCGAGAUGAUUGCUAUUGAUAAGGAUGGCACCUUCUUUAGCACGGCAGACUCGACACAGUUCGCGCAGCACAAGCCCGACAAGGCGGCCGUUGACCGACUGGUGGCUGACAUGCGCAAGGCAGAGGAGGCCAGUUUGAAGAAGAGGAGGGAGCGGAUGGCGGAUAAUGGCGACGAUGCGGACGUCACCUACAUCAACGAGAAGAACAAGCAGUUCAACCAGAAGCUGGGGAGGUUCUAUAACAAAUACACGGCAGAGAUCAGGGACAGCUUUGAAAGAGGAACCAUGGUUUAG